CAUGCGCCAACACCCGGAUCACAUUUACGGUGCACAGUGCAAUAAUUAUUGCAGCCAUUCAUCAAUGAGAUCAAGAUGAGAGUUGUGGUUUUAAUUUUUACUGUUGUGGCUUUGACAAGUGCCUUGGAGUUUCAUCCUGAGUGGGAGGCAUGGAAAUUGGGUUACAGCAAGCACUAUUCCAAUGAUAUUGAGGAGCUCAACAGAUACAACAUCUGGCAGGUCAAUAAGAAGCUAGUCGAGGAGCACAACACGAAGGAGCUCGGCUUCACUCUCGGCAUGAACCAAUUCGCUGACCUGGAAAGCCAUGAAAUAGCACAUGGCUUCAAAGCUCCAAAAAUCGAGCAUUUUGACAACAGUCAAAUGUUUAUACCAGAUCCCUUUUUCCAGGCUGAUAUGAAUGUUAACUGGACAGCCAAAGGUGCAGUCACUUCAGUAGGAAACCAACUACAGUGUGGGUCUUGCUGGGCUUUUAGUGCAACCGGGGCACUAGAAGGACAGCACUUCAUUAAAACAGGAAAACUUGUUUCUCUCAGUGAGCAAAAUCUGAUGGAUUGUACGUACAACUCCAAGUACAACAAUUACGGAUGCAACGGUGGCCUUAUGAAAUCCAGUUUCCAGUACACUAAGGACAAUGGUGGCAUUGAUACAGAGGCUAGCUAUCCCUACACAGCUAAUGACAAUAAAUGCCGUUAUAAUAUCUCAAAUAUCGGAGCUACUUGUACUGGCUACAAGAGUGUCCCUUCCAAGGAUGAGCAAGCUCUGAUGCAAGCUGUACAGUCUAUUGGUCCAGUGUCUGCUGCCAUGGAUGGACAACAUUCAAGCUUUAGCAUGUACAAGAGUGGAAUCUACUAUGAGCCUGCAUGUUCUGAGACUAAUGUAAACCAUUCCCCGCUGGUCGUAGGCUUUGGAACUUUGGAUGGCAAGAACUACUGGCUACUGAAGAACAGCUGGGGCACAAGCUGGGGAAUGAAUGGAUACAUGAUGCUGGCUAGGAACAGGAACAAUAACUGUGGCAUUGCUACCCUUGCUAGCUACCCUACAGUAUAGCUACCCUACAGAUCACACUUAGUGAACUAAUAGUUUAACUAUGUUUGUGCUAUAUAUUUUGUGGGAGUUUGUUGGCUAUCCCAUUCGCACGGAAUUAAAAACUAAGAA